UCCUAUCCCGAGGGUCUGACCCGCUGUGGGCGAGUUGGGGUGUGUCUGCGAACGAAGAGAGCGUACGUUUCAGACACCGUUUCGGAGAGAGAGCCUGGAACCAUGAAAAAAUCGAGCCCGGCAAAGCAGCAACCACCACCAGGUGAAGUCGCCGUGCCAGGGGACGAGGUUACCCUGCAACAACUGAACGAGCUUUUGUCAAACAGCAGCGGAUUUUACAGUUUACCAACACAGCAUUUCAACGAGGUAUUCCCUAGAAUAUACGUUGGUAACGCGUUCGUGGGCCAGAAUCUGAUGCGUCUGCAGAAGCUGGGCGUGACCCACAUCCUGAAUGCGGCGGAAGGCAACUCCUUUAUGCACGUCAACACCAAUGCAGAUUUUUACGCUGGCUCGGGCAUCACCUACCAUGGCAUCCAGGCCAAUGACAAGCCGCAGUUCAACCUCAGUAACUUUUUUGAGGAGGGGGCGGACUUUAUUGAGAAGGCUCUGGCACACAACAAUGGCAAAGGGAAGGUGUAUGUCCACUGCCGAGAGGGCUACAGCCGCUCGCCCACCAUUGUCAUCGCUUACCUCAUGCUGCGCCACAAGCUGGACGCCCGGGUGGCGGUCGCCACAGUGAGGCUCAAGAGAGCGAUCGGCCCCAAUGACGGCUUUCUGCGCCAGCUGUGUCAACUCAACGAGACGCUGGCGAAAGAGGGCAAGUUGAAUGAGGUGAUGCCAGACAAGGUGGCCAAGUUGAAGACCAAAUAAGAGAGCAUGACUUAACGCCUUCGAAAGGCCUGUGCUUCCCUAAGAGCCAACCAGACUCAUUCCACCCCGGCCAGCAACACAUCACUCAGACACACAUGCACACACGUACAUCCACAAUCUGUAACAUGCAUGCAUAUACAUAUAGUGCUGUGAAAUUAUUUGCCCCCUUUCUAAUUUUCUCAACUUUUGUUUAUUUAUUUUUUAUACGGAAUGUUAGCAGAGCUUCAACCUAAGAUUAGAUAACGGGAACCGGAGUGAACAAAGUUAUACAACACCCAAUGCCCCUGUUUGGGGGGAAAAGUAAUUGCCCCCUUUCCUCCUAGGACUUACCCUCUGCAGGUACUAGCCUGCUCGGGCUUACCUUCCGUGACUUACCAAAUAUCCUAAAUCUACGAUCGGUCGUGAUACAAUGGGACUACUGAAUAAGCUCAGGCUUCCUAGGUCCGACUCCUAUAAUUGGUUCAGCCUACGACUCAUCUCCACAAGAUGUCAGAAUGAGUGAUAACGGGUAUAGGAACUGUGCCUACCUUGUUUUUGGUGCCGGCUCCUGUUUCACUGAUUCUGACUCUCUAUUUAGACUAAAUCGUGGUUGACCCUGCUUGCAGCGCCAGCUAUUAGGCUCUACAAUAGAGUAAAGCUCACAGAUAACUAGUAAAGCUCAAACCAAGUUUAUUCACCCACUGGGUCAUACAGCUGCAUAAGACGGUAGUGUUUCCUCCAGCACAAGUAUUUCUAUCCUCCACUUUAGGACGGAGUCUCCUUUUCCCUAAACAUCGUUGUUGGGCGGGAAAGUAAGUGAUCUGGGUAAUAAACGGUUCUUUCUCACUUCAUGUGACCUGACCUCGGGCCCCCAUUUUACCUCUUUAAUCCACAGCUAGCCACCCUUAUCAGUGACCGCAACCAUGCGAUUGCCUUUUCCCUCCCUCACUCAGUAACAUUCCAAGCUCCUGGCUCUUAUCCAACCUCCAUUGACCCUACCAUGUCCAUUCCUCCUACAUAUACCCAUUAACUUCUGGCGUAGCUUUAACAGACGGAUGACCUGACGUUCUCCUGUAGAACCUCAUGCCAACGGGUGAAGCGUGGCGGUGGUAAUGUGAUGGUUUAGGGAUGCUUUGCUGCCUCAGGACCUGGACGACUUGCCUUUUUUUUUAAAUAGAGGGAACCAUGAUUUCUACUUGAAUGUCAGGCCAGCCACUGUAAGCUGAAGCAUCUCUGGGUCAAGCAGCAAGACCAUGAUCCAAAACGCACAAAGUGUCUAAAAAGCGACAUCUAAACUUUAGGAAUGAAUGGCCUAGUCAACGUCCACACCUAAUCCCAAUUUGAGCCGACGUGACAGGACUUGAAAUGAACAAUUCAUGCUUGAACUCCCAAGUGUCUCUGAGUUAAAGCAGUUCUGCAUGCAAGAGUGGGUCAAAAUUCCUCCACAGCGAUGUGAGAGACUGAUCAACAACUACAGGAAGCAUUUGGUUGCGCACAUACGCUAUAGGUGGUACAACCAGUUAUUGAGUGUAAGGGUGCAACACAAGGGAAUUUUUUUUUUUUUUACUUUAAAAAAAAAAAUUGUAUAAUUUAUUAGUAUACUCACGUAUUAGGUUUUGAAGAUCUGAUAAAUCAAAUCAAAUUUUAUUUGUCACAUACACAUGGUUAGCAGAUGUUAGUGCGAGUGUAGCGAAAUGCUUGUGCUUCUAGUUCCGACAAUGCAGUGAUAACGUUCUGUAUCAAAAAUAGGCAAACGUUUUGAAAAUCAAAAAGGGGUUUUCACGGCACUACAUGCAUGCAUGUUGACGGUCACACACACAGUUUGUGUCAGAGAGAGAGUUAGUAUCUGUCACGCUGCUGUCCUCUGUCCUCUCUGCCGGUAUCCUUGGGUACAUCUGUCCCAACAGCAGGGGAGUUAUGUUAGGCAGAGGAGAGAUGGAAGCCUUCUAACCAUGGCUCAGUGCUUUAACGUAUAUUCUGUCACCCAUCUUCUCUCUCUAUAUUCCAAUAACAUACAUGCCACUGCUAGUACAUACAGCCCCAAAGUUAUCCUAGUGUGAGGUUUUGACCUGACCAAUGAAGCAUUCCCUAGACCAUAGGUUUAGAACACUGGACAGCUCUCCCUGUGUGCCACUUUUGGAGCUCUGAGGUACAAAUAAUAGAUUAUAGCACAAUAUUUUCAUAGUAUCCCACUGCCAGGGCUGUCUGACUACAAUGAUGUCAUGACACCAACAAAAUGAUCCCUGACCAGUCUGGAAUGUUUUGACAUUUGGUCUAGUCCAGUGGUUCCCAAACUUUUUAUAGUCCCGUACCCCUUCAAACGUUCAACCUCCAGCUGCGUACCCCCUCUAGCA